GCCUUAAAGUAAACAUUGUUUUAUCACUACAAAGAAAAUCUGGGAUUAUUUUAAAACUUGUUUUAGUUGAUUCAACAGAGUAAGUUUAUUUUAAAAACUGCUCGAGGAUAUUUAGAACAGGUGGACGUCGCAUCCGUUUUUUUUUUGUAAAUCAGGUCGUCGUCGUCGAAGAGGAAGAAAACAAAAUGGCCAACUCCGGUUUACAGAUGUUGGGCUUCGUCCUGUCCCUUCUGGGCUUAAUUGGCUUGAUAGUGGGCACCAUUUUACCCCAGUGGAAGAUGUCAUCCUACGCCGGGGACAGCAUUAUCACUGCCAUUGCAAUGUACGAAGGCCUGUGGAUGUCAUGUGCCUUCCAGAGCACAGGCCAGAUCCAGUGCAAAGUCUACGACUCCAUCCUCCAGCUCAACAGUGCUCUCCAAGCAACACGGGCCCUCAUGAUUGUGAGCAUUAUCGUAACGCUGGUGGGCCUGGGCGCUGCCUGCAUGGGGAUGAAGUGCACGAACUGCGGGGGAGAUGACAAAGUGCGCAAGUCUCGCAUUGCCAUGACAGGUGGCAUUAUCCUUCUGAUUGGAGCAUUGUGUUCCAUCGUUGCUUGCUCUUGGUACGCUCACGACAUCAUCCGAGCAUUCUAUGAUCCUUUCACCCCAGUCAACACUAAGUAUGAAUUUGGAGCUGCUGUAUUCAUUGCAUGGGCCGGAGCCUUCCUGGUUUUAAUUGGGGGUGGGAUGCUGGCAGCUUCUUGCCCAAGAGAAAAAUCUACACCAAAAUAUCCCAUCUCCAGACCACCUAGCAGCAGCAAGGAGUAUGUUUGAACAGGACAGUCAUCAAAGAUAGCGGCUAAAGGAACACUUUUACAUGCGCCAACAUUCCACUGCGAUAGACCAGGCAAUUCCAGAAGAACCUCUGUACUUUUUUUUUUUUUUCAAUGUGUAAAUGUUACUGUAAUAUUUGACAAACCACAGCCACGUGGUCUGGAAGGGCAGUCAAAGCUUGAACUUGUACACCUUAAGAAACACUAAAGUUUUACCUUAGUCAUAACCAUAUUUUUUAUCUAGUCAGGCCCCUUUGAGAAAUAGUUUCCAUGUUACUGUAAAACGAGAGCAGUGCAUUAGAAUGUAUAAUGUUUUGGUGAGCCUAAUAUAUAUGUAUGCACUGGACUAAGAACAUAUGUGCUUAGCAUAUUUUGAAAUCUUCCAUAGCUGUUCAGGCUGAAUACUUACCAAAAAAAAAGGCUUAGAAACAAUAUCACAAUUCCUUCCAUGUGUUUUUUGCCUUAUUUAUAUGAACAAUAAUCAUAACUGUGGUUGCUUUGAUCAAGUCCCAGAGUAAAAUGAUUUAACGUACAAUAAUCCUGAUUACUUUCAUUAAAAGAUUGCCAAUGUUAUUGCUGUCAUAACAAUGCAGAUGUGUGGAGCUGCAAUAAUUACUGUGGAUGUAUAAUUAGUUACUCCACUCAUGGCUGUUGCUGCACACUUAUUUUUUUCUAAUGUGUUUUUUAUUCGUGAUUUUAAGCUUGUGUUGUGUAUAUAAUUAAAGUGAAAAAACUCA